AUGUCGUGGAUGAAGAGGCCCCAGGGCGGUGCGCCAGCGCCCGCCACAGAGCAGCCUCUAUACGACGCACCCCAGCCUUAUGGGAAUCAACAGAAUAUGUAUUCAAAUUAUCAGAGUGCACAAGUGAGCACUCAACAACAACAAUAUUGGCAAAUGCAACAACAGCAGCCUCAGAAUCAAUACAACCAGCAAUAUGGGCAUCAGCAGCAGGGUUAUGGCAAUAAUGCUAACCAGUUUUACCAACAGCCUACACAGUACAAUCAAAACUUUCCCAAUCAAAGCUAUACUAACACUCAGCAGGGAUAUCCACAAAAUUAUUAUACAAACCAAGCAGUGUCCCAACAAAACUAUCCUCAGAAUAAAAUGAAUAAUGAUGGUUGGGAAGAUAAUUGGGACUGGGGAUGGGAAGACGCAUCUAAACAAAAGCCUACUUUAAAUCAGGCAGUUUCACAAGAGAGUUUUUCACAAUCACAAGUAUGUAACAAUGCAAAUGUUAUUGAAGAAAGCUUUGCACCUUCUAAUACUUGGAAUUGGGCAAUGGAGAAUAAGAAAGAACCUCAAGCCAAUUCUUCUACAACAAUUGUGGCACAGGAAAAUAAUGAAUCUUCAACACAACCAACAGUUAACACAACACCUGAUAUUAUACCCCAAACUGAAUCUAGUACUCAGAGCAAUGUGAGUAAUCCCCCAGGUCUAUUUUCAACUGACGAAAUAAAAACAUUAAAUGAUCGAGAAGAUGUUAAGGAACGGCUGCCUAAUUUAGCACUUGGAAAGCGUUUCCAUAUUGAAAAUUUAACACCUCAGUGGUCCAUAGAAUCACAAAUGUCUCAAGAGUCUAGUGAUGGACCACAAACACAUUCUGAAGGUACUUACAGAAGUGAAAACCAAUCCAGAAAUUCUAGUAAAAGUAGCCCCGGCAUAAAUACGGAUAAUUCUCAUUUUAAUUACUCUCAAUCUCGUUUGGAUGAGAUGUACCCUCAGACCAGUGAGUGGUCUAAGCAUUCUAAUGAAGACACAACUUUAAUUGAUAGUCACAAAAGUAGUAGCAGACGUGAAAGUCAUGAUGAUUUAUCAAGUUCUAUGCAGGACAUGAAUAUAUCUAAUACUGAAAGUGUUGUUCCACAAAUUACUAACACUAAUAAUGAAUUUGAACAAAACAUGAUGGAAAAUUUGCCACCACCUGUUCAACUACCAACAUCCAUUUCAUCUGCUGAAAGUGUUCAACAUCUAUCUUCAAAUAUAGCUCCUACAUCAAACUCUAUGCCACCACCUCCACCAGUUUCGACAGCAACCCAAGCACCUCCUACAGUUUCAUCAACUUCAAUGCCUCCUCCCACUAAUUUUCCUGCAUCUUUGUCUCAAAAUCCUUUCAAACAUGCAGGGCCAUUUUCCCACAAAAAUAUUUCAAAGACUAAUUCAAAUACAUCAUCUCAAAUUUUCCCACCACAGAUGCCAAACUCAAGUUUAACAUCACCAGCUGUUGUGAAUAAAAUCUCUCAACACAACAGAAUGCCUGCAGGUUUUGGAGCUAAUUUAGAAACAACUCCAGAUAACUCCGAAAGACCUGAUCAACCUCAAGCAUCUAACUUCAGGCAAAUCCCUGUAACUCAACAAAUUCCUGACAACCUGGAAGUUGCUCCACAAAAUGAUAGGAAUGAGUAUUUACAAACGGAACAUUUGUCUAGUGUUGAUUAUGGUGAGAACACAGACUUUAGCCAAAAUGCACCUCCUCCUGGUUUGAGAAGGAUGGUAGUAGGUCAACAAGAAACGGAAUACAGGCAAAACUUAAAUAUAUCUGGUGAUGAACCUCCUCCGGGUCUUGCUCGUAUGGUUCCAGGGCAACAAACUGAGUCAGAUAAUGGUUAUAAUCAACCAAUUGAAAAUUACAUAGAUCGUCAUGCAGAUGGCCAACUAACUGAAAGUACUAAUCGGCCUUUUAGGCAAGCUGAUGGCCAACAAACUCCAGACAAUUUUACUCAACCACCAACUAAUAGAGUCACUGAUAGAAGACCAAUAGGAUUGGAUAGAAUGGUUCCCGGUGAAUCAAGUAACAAUGAAUAUAGGCAGUAUCAAGGAAGCAAUUAUGGUGGUUCAACUGCACCAAGAGUUGUCACAGGAGUUGACCAUGAUUAUCCAUUGCAUACUGAUGUAGGCCCAACAGAUGUGAGGGAACAGAAUGUUGAUGGGUCUGAUUAUACUGAGACAACUACAAGAAAUACAACUCGAAAUAUAAUUGGGCUAAGGGAGCAAAGUAACAACACAUCAGUGGAUUUCAGUUCAGCACCUGAGGAGCAGCAACGAGAGGUUACAAUGGAGGGAGAAAAUUUGCAGGACUUGAGUAUCAUAUCUGGAGCAGAAAUGGGUUUCUCAAGGGAACAGAUGUUUGAUGUAGUCAGUGGUAAUGUCACUGAUUUGGGUACAGAUAGAGGUCACGAUGCUUCAGAUUCGGUUGAAUAUCCGGCAAAAAAUUCGAGGAGACAGUCUGUUAAUCGCAUUAAUACAUCAGGAGAUGAUUCUGAACGGGAUCGUACAUUUAAGUCAUCUCCAAUAAGAGAUAGAGAAAAACACAAAACUUCAAGAGAUCGCGAUAGGGAUAGGGAAAGGGACAAAGAGGGUAGAUAUUCUAGAGGUGAUAGAAAAUAUGACAGGGAUCCGGAUAGAAGAUUGGGAAGAGAUGGUCAAAGAUCUGAAAAAGAUAGGAGAGACAGAGACAAGGACCGUGAGAGACGUGAUAGAGACAUCAGUCCUGAUAUACGCAGACACAGACGUAGCACCAGGAGUCAUAGAUAUGAGACUGAAGACACUGACUAUUAUAGUGACAAAGAGAGAGACCGCAGACGCUAUAGAGAGGGUUCGUACAGUUCAAAGCCACCUCGACCCGACGACAAGGAACGACGACACGACGACCGCCGACGCCACAAUACAAAGGAGCGCGAGAGUCGCUACGAUGAAGAAAGCGGCGGCAGGAGACGUAGCGAUCGACACCGAGAUAGAUAUGAGAGACGAUACAGGGAUAUAGACCUCAAUAGGAAGUAUGGCAACUUGAGACGGGAGGAAGAAGAGAGAAGGAGAGGCGAGACGUACUCGUCUCCUUCACGCGCUGGGUCUCGCGAGGCGACGGCGACGGACGAGGACAUGCCGGAGCCGGAACGGCGACGACGCGACCGUGAUCGCGACCGCGACCGACGUUCCCGCGGCCCCAGGGACCCUCGGGAGAUCCGCGAUCCUCGGGACCCCCGGGAACCCGAUCCCUACUAUCUUGCGGGUUACGGCGGCGGUGCAUACGGCGAUCCGUUCGCGUUGCAGAGGCAGCAGUACUCGUACUACGAGCGGCUGCGGCGAACCGACCCGGCCGCGUACAUGCGCCUCUACAAGCAGCUAAUGGCAGGCCAGCUCCCAGCACACAACGUGUACGCAGAAGGCUACAGCUCGCUGGGCUACGACAUGCGCGCAGAGGAGCGCGGCAGCGUGCACUCGGGACGCUCCAGCACCAACGGCCUCAAAGGAAAUGACACGGACUUGAAUACGGAUGCGUCACUGAACCUUCACCUCGAGGAGUCCACCGUUCGAUCGGAGCGUAUGACACCGUUCAAAUUUUCCACGGCGCAUAUAAAGGGCAGCAUAUCUGCGCGACACGUGGUGGUGGUGCCGGCGGGCUGGCCGGCGGACGGACGGCCGGCCGCCGUGCGCCUGCUGCCGCUGCACGCUGCCACGCACCGCGACCCCGAGCUGCACCACCUGCUAGCGUACCCCGGCCCGCUCGCCAGAGGUGUGACUCACAAGAAGAGCGUGAUCGACUACUGCAUGACGCGCAUCAGCAACGCGGGCAAGCUGUGCGCGCGCGACCCGCUGGGCUACGUGCUGCUGUGGGAGCUGCUGGCGCUGCUGCUGCGACAGAACGGGGUGGUAGUGGGCUCGGACAUUGCGGAGCUGCUCAUGAAGAACACGCGCGAGUACGAGUAUAAGGGCUCGAACAAGAUCACUCCGCGGUCCGAGAGCCGUCGCGAGUCAUCAGUAUCGGCCGAAGGUCGUGAGGAAGAGCGUAUUUCUUCACCAGAACAACCGAGUGUGUCUGCAGACCUCACGCCUCUCGAAGAAGAGAGUUCAACACAGUCUCCUUCAAUAGACGAGAAAGCGGCGCUGGAUCGCUUACGCGAGUACCUCAUCUACGGCAACAGGCAGGAGGCUCUGGAGUGGGCGAUGACAAACAACUUGUGGGGUCACGCCCUGCAGCUGGCGGCGUACAGUGAGCGACGCGUGCGAGCCGGCGUCGCGUCGCGUUUCCUCGCCUCCGUGCCGCGUUCCGACCCGCUGCACACGCUGUACGCUACGCUGGCGCAGCGCCUGCCGCCCGCCGCCACCUGUGCGGCGGAGGAAAAGUGGGGCGACUGGCGGCCUCACGCUGCCAUCAUGUUGUCCAACAACUCCGCCAAGCCCGAACAGGAUCGUAGGGCACUCACGCAACUUGGCGACAGCUUGGCGUCGCGCGGGCUGGUGUACUGCGCGCAGUUCUGCUACGUGGCCGGCGGCGAGCCGUUCGCGCGGCACGCGCUGGCGCCCCUGGCCGCCGCGCCGUCCCACCCCGCGCCGCCGCGCCUCAGCCUGCUGCUGGCCGACCCGCCCGCUGCCACGCUCAACCAGCUGGCCACCAACGAAGCCAUCUUCGCCACCGAGAUCUACGAAUACGCCUUGUCCCUUAGCCACGAGAACUACGUUAUCGAUGAGCUACAGGUGUACAAGCUGGUGGCGGCGUGCCGGCUGCUAGACCUGGGGCAGGUGGAGCGCGCGUUGGGCUACGUGGAGCGAGCCGCGCGCGCCGUCACCCGCGCGCCCCGCGCACACCCCGCCGCGCUGGCCGCGCGCCUCGCGCUACUCGCCGACAGGUUAAAGUACUACGACCCAGCCCUUCACGAAGAUCCGCCACUAGUGGAUGAUGUGGCGGAAGGCGAUAGUGGGGAACCCUCGCCUCGGCAUCAUCAACAGUGGUUGGAAGAUGUCAAGAAUGUUGCCAAUAUGCUAGAGGCGGAAGCGCGGCAACAGACGCAGUACAGCAAUUGGCACGAGCAGACGACCCAGUACCAGCAACCAGUUCAGACCUAUCCCAAAACGGAGGAAACUCCCGACUACGCGGCUCAGUACUAUCACCACCAGGAACAGAGCCACUAUGCCCAACAAGAUGGCCAAUAUAGCCAAACGGAUGGCCAAUAUGUCCAACAAGAUCAAAACCAAGAGGCGCAGGAGCCUGGCGAGCAACACGCCGGUUUGAGAGAAGGGGAUGCGACGUACACGUAUGGGGAAGAGUGGCCUCAAAAUCAGGCGCAGAAUUACGCCGAUCCCUAUUGGCAGAAUGACUCUCAUUAUGGAUAUGGAGAGUCGCGGCGGGGCGCGGGGCUACGGCGCCGCGCCAACAAGCACCCCGCCCACGACCCCCACCGUGACGACCACGCCCACGGCCACCGUGACUACCAUAACCACCGUGACGACCAUCGUGACGACAACGCCCGCACUUUACUGGCGCCCACUCACAGAGCCAUCGCUUCGCUCGUCGCCCCGUCGACCAAACUAUCCGACUUAGACGUCCAAACGGCAAGUUCUAGAAUGUUCCGUUCUUCAACUCCGCUGCGUGCACCCCGACCGCAGUGCGGAUCUCUCAUCUCAGGGUCUGUGGACGCCUGGUCACGGAAGUCUAUGGACCGACCGUUCAAACCCCUCGUCUUCGGCGGCACGUACCCCAUAGACGAGCCGGCGAGUCCGCAGAAUGAACGGGGAGAGAUACGUAGAAGUGCGGGGCAGGAAGUAGACCUGGCGACGCGUUCCGCUACAAGUGCGAGGGAGGAAGUUCUGGUAGCGCGUCCAGGUACAGUACCCUGGAGCUCAGAGCAACGGCGUCAGGAACUACGCAGAACCGUACAACGCAGUCUGCAGCGUUUCGACGCAGCCCUAGCGCGUACUACCCGUAAGAAACAAACCUGCACCAUCUCCCGCACCUUCGACAUCGAUGAACCAGUGCAGCCCGACCACAUCCCGCCCGAAGCCCGCCUGACUGAUGACCACGCCGCCUACUACGUAUCUGGACCCAAGACCUUCGACAUCGACGAGCCGGCUGUGACCGGAUUAGUCGACAAUGAUGCCACGGAGUCGCGGCCCACAAUCACUAUGCCGGGGACUGCACCCUCCAAGCCGUCGCUCUACGCGGACUACGACGAUGACAGACCGGCCAGCGCUGAUGUCAAUCAAACAGAGCGCGAGACGGAUUCGCCGAGAGGUGGUAAACAGGAGAGUGAGGGGCAAGGUCAGGCUAAGAGCAAGGAGGAGCGUGGCAAGUCCGAGGGCAAAGGCAAGAGCGGGUGGCUGGGCGGCAUCCUCACCAAGCUGUCGCUACGCCCGCCCAACCAGAUGAUCCUGCCCGACGACAAGAACCCCACCAUCGUGUGGGACGCGGAGCACAAGCGCUGGCGCAACCUGGACGGCGACGACGAAACCGCGUCGCAGCCGCCGCCGCCGCCUGCCGUCCCGCUCGCACGCGCACCCGCGCCCCCACAGAACUCUACGCCCGGCGCGCCCCCCGCCCGUCUCUAA